AUGAAUUAAAUAUAAACAAAAAAACUUUUUAUGUGUAUUUGUGCGAAGAGUGGAAUAAAAAUAAGGAAAAUUCAUUCAUAAAAUCAACGCUGUACGCUCACGAACGUGUGCUCUCAAUUUUACGCUUGAAAAAUACCAACUGCCGAGAACUCUCGCAAAGAUGCAUACAACACAUCUCGGUACGCCCGCAGCGGCGCCGACGUCAGCGACAACGCCCAACAUACACCAACAAAAACCCAACAGCUACAGUUACAGUCCACAAUAUCACAACAAAAGUAAUAGUAAUACUCACCACGGUUUGAACUAUACACCACAUUACGAUCCAACCAACAGCAUAUUCACCAAUGCGCAACCAACUCACCAACAACACCAAUACACUUCCGGCAAUGCGACGCAAAGUGCCACCACCACAGCGACUACCGGCGGCGAUGCCGGCAAUCACACACUCUCGCAAACACAUAAAUUUGCGCCUGCACGUAGACUUGCUGCUCGUCAGACAUUGCGUCUUCAAAUACCCAAGCAACAGGGUGACUCACAUGCUACAACUUACUAUAAACAUUCACCAUCGCAAUUGCCACCAGCGCCGAUAUUGAAACGUCAUCAAACACUCACACCAACACCAACGAUGGCGCAACACGGCACCGCUGCAGUGGUUGGCCUUCCGAAAUCAGCUUCACCACUCGAGUCGCAUAAGUUGCCGAAUGUGAUUGGUAAUAGCGCGUCACCAUCCUCGGGUUCGGCUGCUUCUCUCUACUACGGCCACAAUGGCGGUUUGUCCAUUCAGACGGCCACGGCGACACCGAGUAGUGCAAAUAAGUUUUUGAAUUUACGUAAACCGAGCAUCACCUUGAAUUCGGUGGAUGUGCGUAAUGGCAGCAGUGGCACCGGCAGCAUUGGCAGUUGUGGCAGCGAUUUAUUCGGUUUCGCCAAGGAGUUGUCGCCAUCGAUGGAUAUGAGUGAUAACUCACCGAUUUUUGCCUCAUCCAUAUCGCCUUCAACAAGUUCAGGUUGCUCUCCCACACAUCAUAUUAAUCGGCUUUUCAGCUUGAGCCCGUCAACAAUACGCAGUUAUGGCAAUAUGUCAGAUUUUUCGGAUAGUUCACAUAGUGGCGUCUCCAGUCCAGCAUCGUCUUUAAUUGAAAAUUUCCACAAGAAAAAUGGCACGCCAACAACAAGCGGCUGUGGUGGCAGCGGCAGCAGCAGCAGCAGAGAGACAAUAGUUACAACUCCUGCCUUAAAUGGCCUCACGGUGGGUAACUGCAAUGGCAGCAGUAAUGGUUUAAGUAAUGCAACAACAACAACCGUGGGGCGACACAUAAAUACAAGUUUAAGUAGUAGUGUUAAGGAAACAUCAUCCACAUCAUCGCAACAUCAGGUCGUUAAUAGCGUCAAUACAACAACACGUGUUGAAAAGAAACGUUUACAUCACAUAACAUCCUCAUCGUCUUCGUCAACGUCCUCCUCGUCCACAUCAUCGUCCGAAAUGAAGACGGCAGCACUGAAACGCGAUUUGAGCGAAAUCAAAAAUUCCAUGUCCGAAAUAAAUGAUCUUGUCGGCCGCAACAACAACAGCACCACAUGUGGCGUCGUUGGUGGCGGCAGCGGGCUGGGCAGUAAUAAGAAUCUGGCCAUCUCAGCGUCAGCGCAUCAGCCAUCCAUAAACGAUCUCACACAGAUAAAUGCGCUGAAUAGUUCGGAUGCCAUAAAUAAGUUGAAGAAGAAAAUCCGCUCAUCCAUUGAAAAUCUCGUCGACAGCGAUACGGAACCGUUAGUCACAUUUCCCGAUACCGACGACGAUCAUCAUAAUCUAGCCGAUUUGGUUAGCGCCUCGAAUGGCAAGUUAAGUGCCUCGAAUGGACUCAGCGGUUCGGGUAAACUAGUUGAUACCGUUAAAUUCGAAGAAAAACGCUCAAGAACGGAAUCGAAAACCAAGGUAGUAGCCGAUGGUUUUAGUACGGAGCAGGCAACUAGUAAUUUAGCUGAAAUGAAACGGCUACAAACGGGUGAUAUCGAUUAUCAGGAGGCUAAAGCGGCGGCAGCGAUGCGAAAUCGCACGGAAAUGGAUGGUGUGAAGACCGAAGAGAAUGCCGCAGUUAUACAGGAAGCUCUCUCGCUACGCGCCGGCGAUAUAACUCAACAGGCUAGCAAUAAUGUGGCCGCCGCAAGUAUUAAAGUGCAAAGUGACACCUUCUCCGCCGAUAAGAAAGCCAUCUCACAGUCCCAACAAUCACAGACGAUGACCUCGAACGGCAUUAUAAGCCAGGAGAAGCAUAUGUCAUCCGCAUCGCAAGCAAACUACACAAUGACACAUAAGGGUGUCUCCAGUUCGGGCAGCAGCAUGAUCUCGUCCUCUUCGCAGCAAAUGUCCGCCACUAAUGGUUCGCUCUUUAAAUUGCAAUUGGAUGAUCUCAAAGCGCUGACAUCGGGUAGUGGACAACGUGAGAUCGAGCAAGCGAUUGCCAAGUACUCGGGUGUGCUGACAACAUUCGUCAACACAUUGGAGGAUUCAAAGGCGACCCAAGAGAAGUCAGUGUAUUUGGAGAAAAUCAAUGAGAUCAUGCAACGUGCUUGGGCUGUACCCACACAUGGACACGAGCUCGGCUAUAGUUUGUGCAAUUCAUUGCGCAAUAGUGGCGGUUUGGAUUUGCUCAUGAAGAAUUGUGUACAAGGUGAUAUGAAAAUCAAAUUUUCAUCAGCCAAAUUGUUGGAACAAUGUUUGACCACCGAGAAUCGUACACAUGUCGUUGACAAUGGUCUGGAUAAAGUGGUGAAUGUGGCCUGUAUGUGCACCAAGGAACCUAAUACCGAACAUUCGCGUGUGGGUACCGGCAUACUGGAGCAUUUGUUCAAACACUCAGAGGGCACAUGUUCGGAUGUCAUCAAAUUGGGUGGUCUCGAUGCUGUACUCUUCGAAUGUCGUACAAAUGAUGUAGAGACUCUGCGUCAUUGCGCUAGUGCCUUAGCCAAUCUGUCACUGUAUGGUGGCGCUGAGAAUCAAGAAGCUAUGAUCUUUCGCAAAGUGCCCAUGUGGCUCUUCCCGUUGGCCUUCCACGAUGAUGAUAACAUUAAAUACUACGCCUGCCUUGCAAUCGCCGUGUUAGUGGCGAAUAAAGAGAUCGAAGCUGAAGUACUGAAAUCAGGUUGUCUCGAUUUAGUCGAACCCUUUGUUACCACCCACGAUCCCUCCGAGUUUGCACGCUCCAAUUUGGCGCAUGCACACGGUCAGAGCAAACAUUGGCUGGAACGUUUGGUGCCCGUAUUGAGCUCGAAUCGUGAGGAGGCGCGCAAUCUUGCCGCCUUUCACUUUUGCAUGGAGGCCGGCAUUAAGCGUGAACAGGGCAAUACGGAGAUAUUUCGCGAUAUUGGUGCUAUCGAACCACUCAAGACUGUAGCGAGUUGCCCAAAUGCGAUCGCUUCUAAAUUUGCGGCGCAAGCGCUACGUCUCAUCGGUGAAACGGUGCCACACAAAUUGUCGCAGCAAGUCCCACUGUGGUCGGUCGAAGACGUGCAAGAGUGGGUGAAGCAAAUCAAUUUCGGUCAGUUUGUGAAGCAAUUCGAAGAAUCACAAGUUGAUGGUGAUCUGCUGUUGAAGUUGAAUGAGGACAAUCUACGCGAUGAUAUUGGCAUCUCGAAUGGCAUACUGCUAAAGCGGUUCGAACGUGAGUUGCAAAAUCUCAAACGCAUGGCAGACUACUCGUCCAAGGACACGGCGAAGAUGCAUCAUUUCUUAGCCGAAAUUGGUGCGGAAUAUUGCACCUACACAUAUGCAAUGCUCAAUGCUGGCAUUGAUCGUAAUUCCCUGCCGCAGCUCAAUGAAGAUAUGCUGAUUGCGGAGUGUAGCAUCAAGAACUCCAUACAUCGCCUGCGCAUAUUGAACGCAGUGAAAAACCUGGAAAACUCAUUACCCAGCUCGUCGGAGGAGAAUAUGGCAAAGACGCUUGAUGUUUUUGUUAGCUAUCGGCGCUCGAAUGGCUCACAGUUGGCCAGUUUAUUAAAGGUUCACUUGCAAUUACGCGGUUUCUCGGUGUUCAUCGAUGUUGAGCGCCUGGAAGCGGGCAAAUUUGAUAAUGGACUGCUAAACAGUAUUCGUCAGGCGAAGAAUUUCGUUUUAGUAUUAACACCAAAUGCUUUGCAACGCUGCGUGGAUGACGACGAUGGCAAGGAUUGGGUGCAUCGCGAAAUUGUUGCUGCCUUGAAAUCAAAUUGCAAUAUUAUUCCUAUAAUCGAUCAACAAUUUAUGUGGCCCGAACCCGAUCGAUUACCCGAAGAUAUGCGCAGCGUUUGUCAUUUCAAUGGUGUCACGUGGAUACAUGACUAUCAGGACGCCUGCAUUGAUAAACUAGAGAGAUUCAUGCGUGGCGAAAAGAAUUUGGAUCGCAUUGUCGGCAUACCCAGUACACCCGGCUCGGUGAGCUACCAAAGAAUGCACAGCAAUGACUCCGAUUAUCAGCAGAGCGUGGGCGGCGGCAGUGUUAGUGGCGGCACAGGUGGCAGUGGUGUUGUAUGUGGCAGCAGCGUCGGUGGUGCGGCGAAUAGCAGCGGACAAGCUAAUCACCAGGCAAAUAGAUACCGGCAGUCACCCUCACCGGCCAGACAACGAAUCGGCGGCAGCUGUGGACCGCUCGGCAGCAACGGCCAAUUGAGCAUGUUCGGGCGCGGCUCGAAGCGUAACAUACUAACGCCCUAUCGCACGCAGCAAGCAGUAGCGCAGCCAAAAUCACUACUCAUGGGCGGUUCCAUGCAAAAUAUGUCACCUACCGCCUAUAGACCGCCUCGACGUAGCUCGGCUGGCGGUUUACAACACAACAGUGGCAAUGCAGCGACAGUCGGUGCUGCAGCCAAUUAUCGGAGUCAUAGUGUUGAUGAAUUGCUUGAUACCACCGAUGGUUUGGGCUCUUCGAAUGAUCGCAUAGCCGAUAUGGCCGCACGUGUUACGGCGGGUAGUACAGCGCUUACCAAUGCCAGUUCGACGAGUACACUUCAACCCGGCAACGAUUACGCUUCCUCGGUGGGUUCGCUAUCCGAACUCAACGAACCGCCGCAAAUAGUGGCGAGACGUGAAAAGAACUCGAGUAUACCGCCAAAUGCGCAACAUCGCAAAUCACGUUCACUAGAUCACUUCCUCGAUGAGAAAACACUGGCAUUGGUAGUGGCGAAACCACAACCAGCACCCAUGGAGGGUACACAGAGUAUGCAAAAUCUUGCCACACCGAUAACACCUGAUCUUAGUCGUGGCACACGCACCCAACCGUUGUCACAGAGACGCGCCCCCGACAGCGUGUCCACAUCGAGUGCGGCCACCACGCCCGAACCGGAAAUCGUACGCCAGAAACCACAUGCAGGCAUGUUACCGGCGACACGCCGCAGUCCUGAGGGUAUUAGCUCCUCGGCAGAGGAUUCACAAUCGUUGCGCAGCAGCAACACAUCGUGUGGAAGUAUGUUGCGGUCGCAAAUGCGUGCGUCGGCGCAUACGCAUCGCGGUAGUCAGAAUAGUAGCAAGACGUCGUCAGCAUCAUUGGGUGGCCAUGCGGCGGGAAACACUCAAAACAACAACAACAGCAAUAAUGCAAACAAUAAAACUAUUCUGAAUCGAACAAUUAAAAAAGUUCGUUCGCUGAUGAAAAAUAACGAUUUAGAUGAGGACGACAUGCAUGGUAUAAUAUUAAAGCAAGCAACAACACCAUCCGCCAGCCGUAUUAUAUCUUGCUAGUAUUACCAAAAGGAAGUCAAAGGACUAUAUUGUAUUAUGCAAACACCCAACGAACAGCGCGCAAGCAGCUAAGAAAGGUCUGGACAUUAUGGAAAAAAUCUAAUUUCAUUCUAAGCCAAGGAGUUGUCGUCUUUUGUUGCUUUUGCUUAAAGCACAAAAGCAAUUUCUAAGUCCACAAGCUCCUGAUACAGUCGACUAGUACUUCCUUAA